UAUUAUACUAACAUAUGAAAAAGUAUAUUCAUGUUUUUUAUAUGUCAGGAGAAUAUUAUAUCAGUGAUUAUUUGAUUUGACAAGAUGUGCAUUAGUUACUAAGCGAACACGUACACACAAUCAUAGAUACAUGUAUAUCAACUAAAAAAUAAAAAAAAAUUUUUUAAAUUAAAACUUGAUUCAUUAUUAAAUUUGAUUAAAAUUAUUUCAUUUCAUCAACAAAAUUAAAGUUAAUUCAUUUUAAUAUUUAUCAAGAUUGAACAAUAUGAAAUUAUCACUAAGUGAACAAGGAUGGAAUCGAUUAUUUCUUAUUUUAAAUGGUGUUUUCUUGGUAACUAAUCGUAUAUUGAUUUAAUCCUAUUUUAUUAUUAUUAUUAUUCAUUAUAUUUAGGUAUAUAGUAUCAUUUUAUUUGCAUUAGGUAUUAAAGCACAAGAUGAUUUGGGACAAUUCAAGACAAUAUUACAAGGAAUUAAUCCACCUAUAUUACCAACAAUUAUAUUUACAGGAUUUAUUGGUAUAAUUGGUUCAAUUACUGGUUAUUGUAAAAUAAUGAAACCAAAUCAAAUUGUUAUUAUAUUGCAUAUUACUUGUAUGACUAUAGCAACAAUUACUGAAUUAUGUAUAUCAUUAGGUACAGUAAUGACACCAAAUGAAUUCUUUACAAAUGCUAAUUAUACAUUGAUGGAUUCAUUGAAUUAUUAUGAUAUACAUCCAUUAUAUCAUGAACAAUUUGAACAAUUACAAACUAAUUAUAAAUGUUGUGGAAGUUCAAUGUUUACAGAUUAUCGAAGAACUAAUAAUAGUUUACCAGCAAGUUGUAAAAAUAAUGAAACUAUUUACACAGUGUAUAAUCUAAAUUUUCAUAAUCAUGAUAAAGUAAACAGUUUGAAUAAAUUUCACACAUGUAUUAAGAUUAUAAUACCAAGUGAAUUUACACAAGCAAGUGCGUAUCAGGACUCAGUAGCUAAGUGGAUAAAGCGAUGGCGUUUAAAGCAAACGACACUGGGUUCGAGUCCCAGAUUGAACAUCAACUCUGAGAUGCAGGUACAUCAAGGUGACGAGUCCCAAAUAGAACGAAACGAGCGUCGUGGAUUCCACUGCUAGCCACCAUCCAUCAUUGCUUAUAAUAACAAUAUAUUCUGAAAAUUAUGAUGACAUAAUUCACACCAGUUUACAAGCAUGAUCAAUUUGAUAUAAAUAGUAACAUUGUAUGUUUUAAGUUUACUAGUUUAGUAAUUGUUUAGCUAGUACAUGUAUUUUAUAGCAAUGCAAUAAAUCAGCUGGGAACUUUUGAUUUUUCUUAAAUGGAUAUCCUGUUGAUUUAUGAAUGGUGUAUUUAAGGUUAUUUCCUGUGCCAGAAUGAAUUAUUGAUAAUUAUUUACAAUUAGAGAAAUUAAAAUGAAAACAGAGAGCACGGAACAACAAAGCAAUAAUGACUAGAAUAUUUCAAUCAGCAAAGAUGGAUAGUGAUUAGCAGUGGAACGCGCGUUUCAUCCUAUUUGGGACUCGUCAGCCGGAUGUACCUGCAUCUGAGAGUUGAUAUUCACUCCGGGACUCGAACCCAGUACCUUUCGCUUCAAACGCCAUCACAUUAUCCAUUUACCUAAUGAGUCCUGAUAGCCACUUGCAUGUACAAUGUGGUGAAGUUUAAAUUUACUUGGUAUUAAUUACUGGAAUCUACCAUCAGUCUCUUAUUGACAUAUGUGCAAAAUGUGCUUAUUACCUCAAUAUUGGCUAUUAGGACUCAGUAACUAAGUGGAUAACGCGAUGUUAUUUGAAGCGAACGGUACUGGUAUCGAGUCUCGUAGUGAACAACAACUCUGAGGCAAUCCGCACAGGAUGCACAUAUACAAACAUGAGACUGAUCAAUUACAGUCGUAAAUAACAAUGGGAAGAUACAAGUAAAACAAUAUGAAGCGAAUUUAUGUCAACCAGCUUUACCAUAAUGCUUGUGUCAUGUGACCCAGUGAUAUACUGUUCAUGUUAGAUAUUAUUCAAAUUAGUUAAGGUUGCUAGGGACAGUAUUAACGUGAAGUGAUAGCAUGUAGGUGGUUCUAUUUGUGGAAUGCACUAAUAAAGAUGGCUAAACACUUAAAGAUCCUAUAAUUUCACUUGUGGAAUGAGAUACACUCACAGGUGAUAGAACAUUCAAUGCAUUUUCAGAGGAGCAGUAUGCAUCGAUGCAACGAACAAAUAAUGAAAGUGUUUUUAUCGUAAGGAUGGAUUAUGGUGGGUUAUUCCAGAGUCUAGAAAAUUUACAGGUAAAGUAACCCAUAUAAAGAGAUGAUUUAGAAUGAGUUUGUUUCACCAGUGACAAGGAAUUACGGAAGUCAUAAUGAGAAGUUUCUGCAUAUUCAAUCGCGUGAUUGCAUGUAAACGAUAGUUUAAUAAGUAAUUUGAAGAAGAAGAAGAAAAAAAAAAGAUUUAGUUUGAGUCUCCUCCUCCAUAAAGGGUCUAGCUCAAGUUUAUUACAUCUGGAAUUAUAAGUUAAGGUACAAUUAGCUCCAACAAUACGAAUUGUAAAUCGUCUCUGUACUGAUUCCAGCCUUAUUUUAUCCUUCAUGAGCGCAUUGCUGAGAAUAAACGUGCAAUAUUCUGGAAGUGGUCGAACAGAAACUUUGUACAUUAAAAUACAUGACUCAUUGUUAUGAAGGUUUCGAGUUACGUAACCUGCCAGGCGUUGAGACUUAGAGGUCUAUUUCAAUAUCUGUUCUGUAAACGACAAGUCUUGGGAGUAUCUAAGUCCUAAGUCUACUGCUGUAUGUAACAUAGAUAACAGUUCUCCAUUUAUGGUAAGAUCUAAGUUGAUUGAUGUAUCACCGAAGCAUAUCCAUCCACAUUUAUCUGUAUUAAGCUCCAGUUGCCAUUUUAAGCACCACUGAGCUACCUUGUUAAGCUCCAUGCUGAUGCAAUUUUGCAUAUUCUUCAGCUCAUGUAGAGAAAAUGAACAUAAUACUUUAAGAUCAUCUGAAUAUAGAAGGGGCUUACUGACACAAAAGCUUUCACAAAUAUCAUUGAUAAACACUAAAAAGAGCAAAGGACCUAAGACACUACCAUGUAUUACACCACUUCUAACAGGGACAGCUUUGGACAAUGAAGAGUUAACUUUAACUAUUUGAUGUCGAUUGCUGAGAAGGGAAUCAAACCAAGCUAGCGAAGGAUUUUGAACCACAUAAGAUGAGAGUUUACCUACAAGAAAUUGGUGGCUAACCAUGUCGAUGGAUUUAGAAAUGUCCAGAUAUAGCACCAAAACUGGUUAUCCUUGUCUACAUAGAGAAUAGCAAACAUAGAUAGCUUAGAUUGAUAUCAUGAAUGGAUCAAUGUUAGAUCAUCACUGAAAACGUGGAAGCACUGGACGGCUGUUUGGUCCUAGUAUCUCAUAUGAGGAGUGGUGGAUGAGCAUUGAUGAAGAGUCCCAUAGUAGGACGAAACAACCGUCUAGUGGUUCCGGUUUUUCAAUGACAGUCUAACACUGAUCAAUUCCAGAUACUGAUCUAAACUCAACAAUCUUCAAAACCCGAUAGUGACAUUGUUAGUUUGUCCAUAAAUAUGUAUUGUUCAAGUAAACCUGAAAACAGUAAACUAUGUACAAUGAAUAAGUAAUCGAAUAGACAUAUAACGUAUACAUGUGCACUUAAAUAUUGUUUCGAAAAAAAACCAAUUUUCAUCAUGAUAUCCUUCUUGGCUUAAGUAAACAUAGAAGUUCCAAAUGAGAUGUUCGAACAAGAAGCUUUCUUCUUUCAAUCAGUCUAGUUUGUGAGAAAAAGUACCUAAAUAAGUGAGUAACAUAUUCGUGUAAAUCAAUUAUAUAAGAAUCAUGUAGAUUAUAUUCUUUGAGGACAAGCCACAAAUAAAUCCCUUGCUUAAUGUCUCAUCUUAAUCUAAUCAAGGCAGAAGAUUUAAAAAAGAUAAAAUAAUAUUCUAGGUAAAGAUGGUUAGUGGCUAUCAGUGGAAUCCACGACGCGUGUUUCGUCCUACAUAGGGCUCGUCACCUGGAUGUACCCACUUAUCAGAGUUGAUGUUCAUUCUGAGACUCGAAAUAAGUGAAUUUAAAUUCACCCCAUUGCACAAGCAAGUGGCUAUCAGCACUCAGUAGCUGAGUGGAUAACGCCAUGGUAUUUGAAGAGAAAGGUACUGGGUUCGAGUCCCAGAGUGAACAUCAACUCUGAUAUGUAGGUACAUCCAGGUGACGAGUCCCAAAUAGGACGAAACGCGUGUCUUGGAUUCCACUGCUAGCCACUAUCCACCAUUGCUUACAAAAGGCUUGGUAUCUCACACUCUAUAUUUCUAUAAUCAUUGACCUAUUUCCGAUUAUGUAACAUUAAUUUGAGCUUUUAUUAUUCUUAUCAAAAACAGUGUACCUGUUAUCUCACUAUGAAUUUGUACUUUUCACUUAUUAUGUAAUCUAUUCCAUUGUUAUCAUUGACUCAUAAACUUCCUUGAUUGGUUUAAUUCAUUUCGCAUAUGCAUAUAUAAAUACAUUACUGCAUAUUAGAGUAAAGCUCGAUGAGGAUCUAAUCCAAAACAAUAUUAAUCGCUUGUAUCAAUAUGGAAAUUUUUCAGGUUAUCAGUUUGUUUAAGGUGUUUCAGUUUCUAUAGGUUAAUAAGUAGACGAAGACUAUAUUAGCGCUAUACAUUUCGAAUAAUCUAAUCACACAUAAUAAACUUGUUAAGUCAACUAGUCUAGAAAUGUAGAGUAAGAGGAGACAAGGAUAAUAAAGAAAAUAAUAAUGAAUUGAGGGGUGGCAGUUAUUGAAACUAUUCAAAAUUUCAUUGAGGUCCAUAUCUUUUUCUCAAACAAUAAAAGUACCAUCCAUAUAUCUCUUAUGUAAAUGCAAUUUCGUGGAUUGGUUGAAGUUAGACAUUAACACCAUUAGAUACCGGCCGGUUUAGUGCUCGCGCGCAAGACUGAUAGGUCCUCGGUUCAAAUCUCUCGGGGGUGGGCGAAAUUGUGGGUGCGCACUGCUGAGGAGUCCCAUACUAGAAUGAAACGGCCUUCCAGUACUUCCAGGUUUCCCAUGUUUGUCCAGCUUCAAUUGACUCAUGAUUUCAACUCGUAAAUGAAAUCUCUUAAUUAUUGGUCAAAGUACCGAAUUUUUUAAAUUGGCCAUAAAACAAUCAGCCAUGAUAGGAUCCAAUAGAGAACCCAUUGAAACUUUAUCUCUGUAUGAAAAACACUUCGUAACUUCAUCAAUCUAAUCUAAUUUUCUGUACAAUAAUCAACCAUUCAUGUAUACAUGAAUAUAAAAUAUCCUACUUAGAAUUCCUUCUUUAUUACUUUAUCAAAAAAAACCUUUUUCUUUUUCUUCUUCUUUUAUCCAAUUCACAGGGAUGUGCUGAAGUAUUAAAUAAUUACACUUAUAAAUAUAUUGAUCCAAUAUUGGCUUUAUGUUUUAUAUUUACAAUAAUUAAAAUUAUUUAUAUAUUAAUUUCAAUUUGGAUGAUACGUAGAUCAUCUACUGGUAAAGAUCCACACAUUCUUGAAUGUUGUUGAAAGAAAAAAAAGAAAAGAAACUCUCAAUGUUUUCAUAUUUUCUAUUGAAGAAGAAAAAAAGAAAAGAAAAAAAUAUUUUUUUUCUUAAAAAAAAACAAUUAAAUCAAUAUCAUUCCAAUAAAAUUGAUAAUUAUUGAUUAUUUAUUUAUUGAUUAUUUAUUUACUUUUAAUAUCCAAUGACAAAUCAUUUAACAUGAGGAGGAUGUCCUUUUUUUUUCAUUUUUCAAAUGACUAUCAUUACAUAACAUUACGUCAUAUUGUUAUUACAUCAUACCAUCCGAUUGUUUUUGUUUCUUAUUCAAUAUUAUUAACAGUACAAAUAUAAGAGAAUACAGAAUACCAAUAAGUC